GAGCCGACCACGGAACCAGCUCGGGCUCUCUCGAAGCAUCGCAGUGCUGACGCUGCGAGAGAGGGCGACUCCAGCAGAUAAUUAGAUUUGUUCCUUUGCACCGAACACGCUCAAACUCGCCUCAACUCUUGCUGUUGCAAAGAAGCGAAUGUCGGUCACUCUUCACACGAAUUUGGGCGACAUCAAGUGCGAGAUCUUCUGCGACGAGGUCGCCAAAACUGCCGAGUUAUUGUGGGCAUUUAAGAGAAGGGAUGAGAAGCGGAUGAUUUGAACUGCGGGUGACUGUGGGUAGAAGCGAAGAGAGGUGAGAAUACGGGGAACGGGAAAACCGUGAGUGGAAGGAAGGGAAUGCUCUGGAGUCUACUGGGUAAUUUCUUGGCGUUGUGCGCUAGUGGUUACUAUGAUGGGACUAUAUUUCACCGGAAUAUCAAGGGUUUCAUGAUCCAGGGUGGAGAUCCUACAGGAACGGGCAAGGGAGGAACAAGCAUAUGGGGAAAGAAAUUCAAUGAUGAGAUCCGGGAGUCGCUUAAGCACAAUGCUAGGGGUGUGCUUUCAAUGGCAAAUAGUGGCCCCAACACAAAUGGAAGCCAGUUCUUUAUUACUUAUGGGAAGCAACCACAUCUAAAUGGCCUGUAUACAGUAUUUGGAAGAGUUAUCCAUGGUUUUGAAGUUCUUGACCUUAUGGAGAAGACUCAGACGGGGACUGGGGAUAGGCCGCUUGCUGAGAUCAGGAUCAAUCGAGUGACCAUUCAUGCGAAUCCUCUAGCUGGAUAAGCUUCUAAGUUGGACGGUUUAUUAUUUCAAUUCUCAAUAUUCGAAAUAGGAGUCUCGGACGUAUAAGUUUCGAGAUUUUUUUGGCCAGGAGGUCAUAUUGCCCAGGAAUUUUUAAAACCUACGGUUUUAAUCAAAGCUUAGUGCCUGUCUUCUUCCUUGUGAGGAGACUCAGCCUUUGCAGGUUCCGGACCAUUUUAACGCUUUUGGUGGUUGAGCUCUUUAUAGGAUGUAAGACACCUGAGAACUUGAAAGGCAUCACCAUUCUAUGUAUUUCCUGAUCAAAGUGAAGAGUCGAAUGAUGCUUUGUAUAAAAAUUACUGCUAGGGUUGGUUUUCAAUAGGGUAAUUUUACAAUAUUUUGAAAUGUAUGGAGUCAUGAACAGUCCCUGUAAUUUUACAAUAUUUUGAAUGGUCCAUGAACUUUUCGCUGAGUGCCUUGUCUCCGAACUUUUA